AUGAGCACGAGAAAGGGGAGCCCCAAGAUCAGCGCCUUCCAGGACAACUUCAAGAACAAGAAGUUGCACGCCACCUUCAAGCUGCCCGAUGGCGAUAACUUCAUUCGCGAUUUCCCGUGCGCGUUUACGGAGACUGAAGAGGGCCUAGGCGACGUGAAUGGACGCAUGUUUGUGACCUCGGGCCACCUUUGUUUCGAUGCCAACUCCAUGGGCAAGAAGAUUCAGAAAAUCCUCCCGUGGACCGACAUCAAGGCCCUCAACACCACCAACGACGAGCAGCUCCUCGUCACCGUCGGCGAUGAGCAGCUGGCGUUCCCCAAGUUUGGAGCGCGCCUCGAGGAGGCCUUCGAGUGCAUCAAGGAGCAGUGGGAGCAGCCUCACGACCAGGAGGAGACCGAGAACGGUGGCGCCUCCGAGGAGGCCGAUGCCAGUGCCGAUGCCAAUGACGCCAACGCCGCGGCGCCGGCCGGCGAGGCCGAGACCGUCAACCAGGCCUCCGGCGAAGCCGAGGGUGAAGACCACCACGACGACCACGACGAGCACCACGACGAGCACGACGGCGAGAAGAAGGGCAGCCGCCGCUCCCGCAGGCGACGAAAGAACCGCGGCAAGAAGGGACCGCACGGCGACGAGCACCACGACGACCACGAGGCCGCCGCCGCUCAUAAGAAGGCCGAAGAGGAGGCCGCCCUGAAGAAGAAGCAGGAGGAGGAGGAGGCCGAGAAGAAGAAAAAGGAGGACGAAGAGGCCGCCGCGCAGAAGAAGGCCGAAGAGGAGGCCGAAGCCGAGAGGAAGAGGCAGCAGCAGGAAGAGGAGGAGGCCGAGAAGAAGCGGAAGGAAGAGGAGGAGGCCGCCGCCGCGCAGAAGAAGGCCGAAGAGGAGGCCGAAGCCGAGAGGAGGAGGCAGCAGCAGCAGGAAGAGGAGGAGGCCGCUGCCGCCGCGCAGAAGAAGGCCGAGGAGGAGGCCGAGGCCGAGAGGAAGAGGCAGGAGGAGGAGGAGGCCGAGAGGAAGCGUAAGCAGGCCGAGGCGGAGGCGGCCGAGGCCGAGCGGGUGGAGAAGGAGCGGAGGGAGGCCGAAGAGGCGGAGAGGAAGAGGCGCGAGGAGGAGGCGGCCGAGGCCGAGCGGCAGAGGCUGGAGGCCGAGCGGCUCGAGAAGGAGCGCCAGGAGGCCGAGGAGCGGGCCAAGCGGGAGGAGGAGGAGCGGCUGCGGCUCGAGGAGGAGGAGCGCCAGCGCCAGGCCGAGCUCGAGCGCCAGCAGCGCGAGGCCGAGGAGAAGCUGCGCCAGGAGGAGGAGGCCCGCAAGGCCCGCGAGGAGGCCGAGCGAGUGCGCCAGGAGGCGGAGGAGCAGGCGAGGCGCGAGGAGGAGGAGCGGCUCAAGCGCGAAGAGGAGGAGCGGAAGAGGCGCGAGGAGGAGGAGCGCGCGCGGGCCGAGGAGGCCGAGAAGAAGCGGCGCGAGGAGGAGGAGACCGAGCGCAAGCGGGUGGAGGAGGAGCGCGUGCGGGCCGAGGAGGAGGCGAAGAGGCACGAGGAGGAGCAGCAGAAGAGGAUCGAGGAGGAGCAGCGCGCCAAGGCCGAGGCCGAGGAGCGCGCGCGGAGGGAGGAGGAGGAGCGCCUGGCGCGCGAGGCCGAGGAGGAGAGGAGGCGCGAGGAGGAGGAGCGCGCGCGGGCCGAAGAAGAGCAGCGCGUCAAGGCUGAGGCCGAGGAGCGGGCGCGCAAGGAGCUCGAGGAGCGGCUCGCGCACGAGGAGGAGGAGCGGCGGAAGCGCGACGAGGCGGAGCGCGCGCGGGCCGAGGAGGAGCAGCGGGUGAAGGCCGAGGCCGAGGAGCGCGAGAGGCGCGCAAAGGAGGAGCUGCUGGCGCGCGAGGCCGAGGAGGAGCGCAAGCGCGACGAAGCGGAGAGGCAGCGGCUCGAGGAGGAGCAGCUAGCGCGCCAGGCCGCGGAGGAGCGCGAGAGGCGCGAGAAGGAGGAGCAGCUGGUGCGCGAGGCCGAGGAAAGGCGCAAGCGCGAGGAGGAGGAGAAGGAGCGGCAGGAGGAGGAGGCGCGGGUGAAGCAGGAGCAGGAGGAGCGCGAGCGGCGCGAGGCCGAGCUCAAGCGCGAGGAGGCCGAGGAGAAGCAGAGGCGCGCCGAGGAGCAGGCCGAGCUCGAGGCACAGAAGCAGGCCGAGAUCGAGGCCGAGGCCGCCCGCGCCGUCGAGCGUGCGCGCCAGAUCGAGAUCGAGGCUGAGGUCGUGCAGGUGCAGGUCACCACUGCGACCACGAUCGCCACGACCGCUACCAGCACGCCGCGCAGCGUCCCCUCCAGCACCGUGGAGGAGGCCGGUGGCGCGUGGAACACGUGGGUGGGCGUGGCGGCCGCCGUUGGCGUGGUGGCUGCCGCCGCCGUCGCGGCCGCCAUCUUCAUGCGGAACCCCCGCCAGAAGUAA